CGAUCACAUUCUUGUUGUUGCAGUUGUCGAGUUGGGGAGAGUCCGAGAUGAGCACCGUGAAGGGGUUCGAGGGGCAGGGCGUGGAGAACCGCAGCGCAAGGCUGUCCAAGCACUGGGACACCCCCAAGGAAAAGGUGCCCACCAGCCACACGCUGGUGGUGGCAGGCGGCGAUCCCGGCAAGAAGCGGCGUCAGCGCUACGUGGAGAAGGACGGCAAGUGCAACGUGCACCACGGCAACGUGCGUGAGACCUACCGCUACCUCACCGACAUCUUCACCACCCUGGUGGACCUGCGGUGGCGCUUGAACCUGCUCGUCUUCACCCUGGUCUACACCAGCACCUGGGUCUUCUUCGGCUUCAUUUGGUGGCUUAUCGCUUACAUCCGGGGGGACCUGGACCACACUGAGGACCACGAGUGGACACCCUGCGUGAACAACCUCAACGGCUUCGUCUCGGCUUUCCUCUUCUCCAUCGAGACCGAGACCACCAUCGGCUACGGAUAUCGGGUCAUCACGGACAAGUGCCCCGAA